AUUCUUAAAGUUGUGGUGCCUGCUAGGUUGAAGGCCAACAGAAGAAUUAGGUAUUGUAAUGUAGUAGUACUAAAAAAGAAGAGUAGAUUAACAUCAAUUUGAUUUGAUAUAUUACCAACGAGGUGAUAUACAAAUCCAUUUGCUAAACAAAAUAAAAAAUGGGGAAGCCGGCUAUUCGUUAUUUUUCAACCAAAGAUGAAAAUGAAGUAUCACAAGAAACUUCCAAUGAAAAAAUAAAAAUCUACAAUGUAACCAAUAUCAAAAAAACGCCAUGGGGUAGAAGGUUUGCUGAUAGAAAAAUUGAAAAGGCUAAAAAAGUUCUGCAAAAGUCAAACCCCAAUCCAAAAUUUAAGGGUAAAGUAAGACCUUCGAAAAAAUUAAUAAAAAAAUAUAGUAAAGGUCCAAAAGUUAAUGUAGAAGGGGUAAGAACUUCUAUACACAAGAGAAAAAUUUUAACAAAAGAAAAAAAAAUUCAGUUUGCCAUUGAACAAGCUGCUAAAACUGAAGUGUUGCUGACUGAGGACACAGGUUAUCUAGAAGCGGACAGUGGUGAAACAACUACACAGUUUACCCAAAAACAAAUAGUACAAGCAGUAGACAUAGCAUCAGCAGCUAAACAUUUUGAUUUAAGACUAGAUUUUGGUCCUUAUAGAGCAAAAUACACUAAAAAUGGUAGACAUUUACUGAUAGGUGGUAAAAUGGGUCAUGUUGCUGCUUUUGAUUGGGUAACAAAGAAAUUACAUUGUGAAAUGAAUGUUAUGGAAUCAGUACAUGACAUUUCAUGGUUACAUAUAGAAACUAUGUUUGCAGUUGCACAGAAAAAUUGGGUUUAUAUAUAUGAUAAUCAAGGUAUUGAGUUGCACUGCGUCAAAAGACUCAAUAAAGUUUCAAGGAUGGAGUUUUUACCUUAUCACUUUCUAUUGGCAAGCUGUAGUGAUGAGGGCUUUAUGAGCUGGUUAGAUAUUUCCAUAGGGCAAAUCGUGGGUCAAUAUAAUACAGGACUGGGUAGACUUUCCAUUUUGACACAAAAUCCAUGGAAUGCCACUUUGUGUUUAGGUCAUGCAAAGGGAGUAGUGUCAUUUUGGUCUCCAACUUCAAGGGAUCCCUUGGCUAAAAUGCUUUGUCAUAAAGCUCCCAUUAUUGGGUUGCAUAUAGAUCCUUCUGGAAAGUACAUGGCUACAUCGGCAACAGAUAGAGAACUUAAGAUUUGGGAUGUUAGGAAGUUGGAAGGACCUGUUCAACAAUAUAAACUUAUACAAUCUGCCAAUAAUUUAAAUUUUUCUCAAAAGAGAUUAUUAUCCAUAGGUAUGGGAAAUGUGGUAGAAGUCUAUAGGGAUUGUUGUGAAACUCCUGCAAAACGAGCAUAUUUAAGACAUCGAUUUGUAACACCAAUUAGUAACCUUAGUUUUUGUCCAUAUGAAGAUGUAUUAGGUGUUGGUACAGCUAAAGGAUUCACUAGUCUCUUAGUACCCGGUGCAGGCGAAGCAAACUUUGACUCUUUGGAAGCAAAUCCAUUCCAAUCGAAAUCACAAAGAAGAGAAGCUGAAGUGAAAGCACUUUUAGAAAAGAUACAACCUGAAAUGAUAACAUUGGAUCCAACAGUAAUUGCCGGUGUUGAUUUACCGACGAUAAAUAAUGUUUCAGCAUUGAAAGCUCCUAAAAUUAAUUAUAACCCAAGAAAGAAAGCAAAAGGAAAAGGAGGAUCAGUUAAUAUCGCACGAAAUAAGAAAAUACUACAAGAGAAAGCAACAAAAGAUUUUGUUAAAAAUCAGAGAAAACAAUUUAUUUCAGAUGAUUCCGAUAAAGUGGAAUCUGCUUCAAAACCGAUUCAUGUACUUGAUAGAUUUCUACCUAAGGUUAAGAAAAAAUAAUUUUAAAUAUAUUAUUUUUAUUUUAAAUUUGUGUGUUCUUCAAUUUUCCAUUCCUUGUUAUUUUGAAUCGUAUUAGUUAAUUUAGUUUUAUUAACAAUUUUUAUAACCAGAAAUUUAUAAUAUCAAAAUUUUUUAAGUAAGAUAUAAACAUAAAUUGAAUUAAUAUGUUAAGAAGGAAUCGACGGUCAAAAGACCGUACACCCGAAACUGUUGGUGGUGCAAUCGAAUCAAAUACGAAUACCAACCGGGAAAGAAUUCCCCGAAAUUUUUAACUUGAACGUUACCGGGAAUACCAACACUAUUAGGAUGGUGAACGGGACUAACCUCAAUUUGGGACAUUUGGGUGGUGAACCGAUUCUAUUGGCCAGUAGUAAGGGUCGUACCAUUCAUAAUAUACAAGGGCAGAACGUUAUUUUAUAAACUCGUUCGACGCAUUCGAUAGUACUCCAAAACGCUUUGAAAAGUACCGGAAAUAACGUCGACGGCCAGCGAUCGGUUAGUAGUAUUAUUAAUGAACCCAACAUUGUUUUCAGGUAUAUAUUUAAUCCGAUUAUAUAAUAAAUAUAUUUC